AUGGCAGUCUUGAGAUCUAGCACUCCAACGCGCAGCGCUCUCGACGCGCCGUCGGGCGUGCGCUGCGCACUCUGGCAUUGGGAGCCGCCCACGGCCGCCGUCGGCCUGGUGGUUUUGUUCCACGGCAUGGGCUCGCACGCUCGCUUUCCGUCGACUUCGCUCGCGGCGGAGGUGCUCUCCGCUGGUGGGUUCGCCGUGUGCUCGCCCGACAUGCCGGGCCACGGCGAGAGCGACGGCCUGCGCGGCUUCCUGCUCUCGAGCGAGGCUCUCGAGGAGGACGGCGAGGCGUUCGCAAGAGAGGCACGGCGGCUGAAGCCGGGCCUGCCGCUCUUCCUCGCCGGCAGCUCGAUGGGCGGCGCCAUUGCCUUUCGCGUCGCGCAGCGGUACACGCCCCUCUGCCGGCUGCCGCUCAUCCCGUCGUCCGCGACCGACAAUGCAAAGCAGUACUCGGACGAGGCCAUCAUCAAGCGGGGGGCGCUGCGCGUCGGCAGCGCGAGCGCGUGCGUCUCGCUCGGCGCCGCCUGUGAGGCGACCCUCCCCGGCCUGGCCUGCCCCUUCUUCUGCCUCCUCGCCGACCGCGAGCUGGUGCUGAGCGAGGCGGCGCGCGAGGCGGCCGAGAGGCUCUGCGAGGUGGCGGCGACGCCCGCGGCUGACCGCACGCUGAAGCGGUACGACGCGCUGCACGCGCUCCUCUGCGAGCCGGAGCCACUGCGCUCGACCAUCGCGGGGGACAUCCUAGCGUGGAUGCGCCGGUACGCAGCCGGAGAGUCGACGUGAGCGGUCGACGUGAGCGGCCGACACACGCAGGGGCGGACUUUUGGAAAUCCAACAUGCCACGAGGCGGAAACUUCAAG